AUGUCUUCCUCCCCCUGCGUCUCGCACCACCAUCAGGUCCGCCUCCGCCUCCCCGCCCCAGCCGCGGCCUCGUUUGCGCCGCCCGCGCUCCGCGGGCGCCGCCGGGUCGCGCGCGCCACGAUGAGCGCCGAGGCGCCCCUGGGCGUCGCGCCUGCGGCGGCGGCGGAGGGUGCCCGGACGCCGGCGCAGCAGGCCCUGCUGGCGGAGAUGGUGGAGGAGGCCGCCGUAUGGUGCGCCGUCAACGGGCUUGUCGUCGGAGAUCGCGCCAACCAGAGGUCAGGAACGGUCCCUGGGGUUGGCCUGGUUCAUGCUCCAUUCUCACUGCUUCCGGCGCGUUUUCCGGCAUCGUUCUGGAAGCAAGCGUGCGAGCUGGCUCCUAUCUUCAAUGAGCUCGUGGAUCGCGUCAGCUUGGAUGGGGAGUUCUUGCAAGCUGCUUUGUCUAGAACAAAGCAGGUUGAUGAAUUUACCGCAAAGCUGCUAGAAAUUCAUGAGAAGAUGAUGGCAAUAAAUAAGAAAGAGGAUAUACGCUUAGGAUUGCACCGAUCGGACUAUAUGCUGGAUUCUGAAACCAAUUCACUGCUUCAAAUUGAGCUCAACACUAUUUCAUCAUCCUUUCCUGGCCUUGGCUCCCUUGUCAGUGAACUUCACAGGACCUUACUCAACCAGUAUGGAAAAGUAUUAGGCCUAGAUCCUAAAAGGAUUCCACAGAAUUGGGCAGCCACUCAAUUUGCUGAAGCACUGGGCAAAGCAUGGGCUGAGUAUAACAAUGACAGUGCUGUUGUUUUGAUGGUUGUUCAACCUGAAGAAAGAAAUAUAGAUGGUCGGACAGUGGCUGUUGUGUAUUUCAGAGCCGGGUAUGCACCGACUGAUUACCCUUCGGAAGCGGAGUGGAGAGCGAGGCUUCUGAUGGAACAAUCUUCUGCAGUAAAGUGCCCUUCGAUAUCCUACCAUUUAGUAGGAACAAAAAAGAUCCAGCAAGAACUAGCAAAACCUAAUGUUCUUGAAAGAUUUCUUGACAAUAAGGAGGACAUUGCCAAACUACGCAAGAGUUUUGCAGGGUUAUGGAGCUUGGAUAAUGAAGAGAUUGUGAAAUCUGCAAUAGAGAAACCUGACCUGUUUGUCUUAAAGCCUCAGCGAGAAGGCGGAGGGAACAACAUAUAUGGUCAAGAUUUGCGAGACACACUGAUCAAACUCCAGAAGGAACAGGGGGAGUCACUUGCAGCGUACAUACUGAUGCAGAGGAUUUUUCCAAAAGCCUCUCUUACUCCUCUAGUUAGGGGUGGCGAUUGGUUUGAGGACCUUACAAUCUCAGAGCUAGGAAUAUAUGGAGCCUACUUGCGGAACAAAGACAAGGUGAUAUUGAAUAAUCAGUCUGGCUACUUGAUGCGCACCAAAGUUUCUUCUUCAAAUGAGGGCGGCGUUGCUGCAGGAUUUGCUGUUUUGGACAGUGUUCUCCUCACUGAUGAGGGGAAAGUGUGGAUAGCUUACAGAAUAACAGACAAUGACAACGGAGCAGACGGCACUGUUAUGUUGUGA